AUGGGUCAGCUCCGGCUGGUGAAUGGCUCCAGCCAGUGCUCUGGACGGGUGGAGAUUUGGUACCGCGAUGCCUGGGGGACAGUGUGUGAUGAUGCCUGGGACAUGAAGGACGCCUCUGUCGUGUGUAGGCAGGUUGGCCCAAGGACUGCAGAAAUGCCUGCUGGCAGCCCCAGUGGCAUCUACAUCAUCCAGCCCACAGGGCACCACCAGCUUGUGGUGUACUGUGAAAUGAAUGUGACAGGUGGGGGCUGGACAGUCAUCCAGAGGAACCGGGACAACACAGAGAUCACCUGGGCCGAGUCCUGGAGCACCUACAAGUACGGCUUUGGGAAUGUGCAGAGCGACUACUGGCUGGGCACCGAGUACAUCUAUCGGAUUGUCCAGCAGAAGGUCUACCAGGUCAAGUUUGUCAUCCAGGAUGCCAGAAAUACCACCAAGUUCGCAGACUAUGAUCUUUUCAAUCUGGAAGAUGAAUCCCAAGGCUACCGGUUGAGGCUGGGCUCCUACACAGGGACUGCGGGGGACGCCAUGACUUCAAGCAGUUCUUCUACUGUGCACGACAACAUGAAGUUCUCUGCUAAAGACCAGGAUCAGGACACUUACGGUGGGAACUGUGCCUCCAGCUAUGGGGGUGGGUGGUGGUACUCAGCAUGUUAUUCUGUACGGCUGAAUGUUAAGGGUGCCAUAACAUGGGGUAGCCUGUGCAAUGGGAACUGCAAAUCCUCUCUCAUCCUCAUCAAACCAUCUCCCUAUUGUUAG